UUUCUAGUUCUGUUUGUGGUAUUCUUUUAGAAGUUAUUCUCACAAUUGCUAGUCACAAUAACUCCUUGUUAGUAAUAAUUUGAUAUCGAGGUGAUUUUUCGUGAUGGAUGAUACAAUUUUAAGUUUGAAAACACAGCUCUGGGAAAAAGAGAGAGAGAUUGCUGCUUUGAAGAAAAAACUUGAUCAAUCGGAAAAGGGAAACUCAAUAUUGACAGAGUUACAGGAGAAAGUUACCAAUCUUUCACCGCUGAAAUCAAACACAACGCUGAACAAUGACGACAUCAUGAGAUAUAGCAGACAGCUUCUCCUGCCAGAACUGGGUGUUAAAGGUCAGGUUGCCAUAAGUAAUCUAUCUGUUCUGGUUGUGGGAUGUGGAGGUUUAGGUUGUCCUGUUGCACAGUAUCUCGCGGCAGCUGGAAUAGGACGUUUGGGUCUUUUGGACUAUGAUGUGGUGGAACUGAGUAACCUGCACAGACAGGUGCUUCAUACAGAACUGACUCAAGGCCAGCCUAAAGCCCUGUCUGCUGCCCAGGCCAUCAGCAGGUUGAACUCCACGGUUCAGUGUGUUCCAUAUCACCUCCAGCUCUCCCGAGAGAAUGCCAUACAACUCAUUCAACAGUAUGACGUUGUGGCAGACUGUUCAGACAACGUUCCUACACGCUACCUUGUGAAUGAUGCCUGUGUUCUGACCGGCAAGCCUUUAGUGUCAGCGAGUGCUUUACGAAUGGAAGGACAGCUUACAGUGUACAACUAUAGAGGAGGGCCGUGUUACAGGUGUUUGUACCCCGCACCACCUCCUCCUGAGACCGUCACUAACUGCUCUGAUGGAGGGGUUCUGGGAGUAGUGCCUGGAAUAAUGGGUUGCCUUCAAGCAUUGGAAGUUCUGAAAAUUGCAUCCGGUCAAAUAUCCUCAUUUGAGAAGCAGCUGUUGAUGUUUGAUGGUCAGGAGGGGCGUUUCCGCUCCAUACGGCUGCGGCCCAAGCAGGCUGAGUGUGUGGUAUGUGGAGAGACGCCCACGGUGACUGAGCUCCAGGACUACGAGCAGUUCUGUGGCUCCGCUGCUACAGAUAAGUGUCGAAGACUGAUUCUUCUAACCAAAGAACAGAGAGUCUCUGUGCAGGAGUAUAAAGCCGUUUUAGAAAGUUCAACCCCUCAUCUCCUCAUUGAUGUUCGACCCAAAGUAGAGGUGGACAUUUGCCAUCUGCCAACCUCAAUCAACAUUCCACUUUCUAGUCUAGAGAAUAAAAAGGCUGAGCACAUCACUCUUUUAAAAGAUACAAUUAGUGACCAUAAACAACAGAUGGACAACAAAUCUCAAGUCCCAGUGUUUGUGGUUUGCAAACUUGGCAAUGACUCCCAGAAGGCGGUUCAGCUGCUGGAGAAAAUGUCUGGACAAGAAAUCGAGCAGAUCGCUGUGAAGGAUGUCAUCGGAGGAUUGAUGGCCUGGGCUAAGAGGAUAGAUCCCACUUUUCCUCAGUAUUGACAGUCAUUAUUCAUCUGUAUUAAUUUCAUGAAUUAAAGCAAUAAAGUUGAAAUGAUUUUACAC